AGAUCAACGUGCGCGGCCUUCAAGUUAUGGGUGAUCGGCCUGCAGGUCAACAGUUGCCAGUGCCCGUCCGGAUACCUCUGUCCAGUAUUCGUGCACAGACAAGGCCUCUCGGAAAUAUUGUCCCUGCCAACGUAAGUGAUAUAUUUUAAGGGAAUGAGAUUCCGUCAACCUUUGUUUUUGUACCGUCUGUAAGAGGCCAGCAUUCUCAGUAGGUAGUUUUCUGACGUCCCUUAGCUCUCACUUCACAAUCCUUUUAUAGACAAACACUGGGAUUGUUUUGAAGACAUAGGGGGGAUCCUGAUUACUUAUUUAUAUGCAGACCAAUAUCGUCUCUACAUUUGACGCUCACAUUAAGUGGUACCUAAUAUGUGUUGUUCUAUCUAGCACUAACUAUUCUGUAAGUUCAGAUUUGAUACGACCAAGUAAUCGAAAACUUGUAGAUUCAUAGAUUUUCAUACAUACGGAGCUGUGUUACUGGCCGUUGGCACUUCCUGGAAAUGGUCCUGGAAAUUCUGUCUCGCGACCACACAUUACCAAAUUGCUUAGUCAAUAACCUAAAGUAACGUUUUAUUUUCUCAGCAAAGUAGGAACUUGAAUGCUUUACCACGCUGCAUAUUUGGCUUUUAUGAAAGCGAAACUGGAACAACCUUAUAAGUCCCCCGACCACCCAUGGUUAACCAGGUGUACUUGCUUCCUAAAUCUGGGAUAACUAAUAAUGUCCUUCCGAGUGCUCCGAGUGUGAUGCAAGUUAGGAGUUUGGCGGUUGGACAAACUGUACUCCAACCAAAUGGUGUACUUGCCACCACUCCUGUCAUGCCAAGAGUUGUCACAUCUCAGUCGGGUUCCUCAACUAAAUUGGUGGGAUUUUUUAACCAAUUGUUAGAACUAUCAAAGAAUGUCUCAGCUAGCACUCAUAGCUCAGUAGCAACGCUAAUUCAAGCAUUAGUGAAUGGAGAACUUGAUGCCAGUUCAUUCAGUGCACAACUGCGUAGCAAUCUUAAAAGUGCCAAUCCUGGUAUGGACCUCGCCCCAUUCAUAAAGGACAACAUAGAUUUACUUAGGAGAGAUCUAGCUAAUGGUGUCUGUCGUCUCCCAAACAUACAACCUCCCCCAAAAGAUAUCUUCACAGGUGUACCCACAGCAGUCCCUGUUUCGAUCGUAACAACAUUACCUACCCUAGGUCUUCAGCCCCGUUCUAAUGCUGCAGUUUCUACAACACUAGUUUCUUCAACAGUACCCGCUGGCCCUCGCAUUACUCUGCCGACGAAUACAACUCCUCGCAUAGUAGGCACACUCAUGUCAUCAGUUUCGUCACCAGCUAUUCCAACUAGUCCUGUUACUGUUCCAACACCUCGGACACAACCCCCACUAUUGGCUCCUGCUCCUCCCCGGACAUGCAUUACGUCUGUCGUAAACUUUGAUGCAGCCUCAAGUUCUAACACCGGUGCAAAAUAUCGUUUGGCUCAAUCUUUUAGUGUUUCAUCUUCAGCGUCUAUCGUAUCUAAUGCAACCGCCGCAACAGUGGUUUCGACACGUUUCACAUCAACUAUUAACGGUACGCGUUCGAACUACCAAAACCUGCGACCAAUUAUUGCUUCAUCCACUUCCACAGCAUUGGGUAUCAACUUAGCGUCGAUAAAAUCAGUUGCUGGUGUUUCUGCAUCCGUACCCCCUGUAAUUCGUGCUAAAUCUGGAUAUGCUAACACUUAUUCUCCUGGAAUUCUACCCGCUGUUCACAACAAAGUAGGCUCCAAUGUCCUAUCCUUGAAUGGAUCGACGGUGUUAAUAGAAGGUGUGGACCGAAAACAGAAUGACCUCUCGUUUUUGAGCGACGAUAUCCGUCACCCCGCUAUGUCACCUACACGUGACAAUCCAUUUUUCCCAUCAGAAAAAGUUAAGGAAAUAUUAGAAACUCAUGGCAUAAAAACAUUAACAGAAGAAUCUAUCGCGUGUCUCGCCCACGGUUUGCAAAUAUUCAUCAAAAAUAUUUUAUCAAAGUUGAGGAUUGUAGUAUCACAUCGUCUCGAUCGUUUAGGAGAGGAUUCUCGUUUGGUUCAAACAGACCACACGCGUGAACAGUUGAGGUUUCUUCAGAAGUUGGAUGAGCAUGACCGAAUGAGGCAAUCGGAGUUAGAAAAGGAUCUAAUUUUGAAGGCUGCAAAAUCGCGUUCUCGAAAUGAAGAUCCUCAUCAAAUGCAGAUGAGGGAAAUGGCUCGACGGAUAGCGUCUGAAGAUUAUGAACGUGAAAAGCAACAUCAAGCCAAUCUUACAGCUCUUCACGCUAUCGGCCCACAACGCAAGCGUCGUCUAGAUACUUUAGAUGAAAUGGGCAACCCCAUUUCAACAGAUAUUUUGGGAGCCUCUCUUCCAACAAGAGAUGGUGUGGCAAAUUUGGUGAGUUCCCUACCUGCUGCUACUGCUAAUCGCCUUUCUAUUGUGAGUGCCAGUCGACUAGGUUUGGUAACAUCAGGACCAAAUCUAACGCAACUCAAUUUAGAAGCUUUGCCGGCAAAUUCAAACUCGUUGGUCUCCGGUGUCGGUGGGACUGGUGAUAACAUGCCAAAUACAUCUGGAUUUUCAUUAGCACUCAGUCUCAGGGCACAUCGAGCAACUCUCAGAGACAUACAGGUCAUACUUUCUCGUACACCGAGGCUUCGUCGUACACGUACUUACUAUAGGACGUAUUGGCGCUCUCAGCCUUAAGAGUCUUUUCUUUGUUUCUUAUUUUUAUUUUUGCAUAGACUUGAUUUCUGAUUGUAAUAUGAUUUAACUAUUAGUUGGCUAAUUUUCCUAAAACGUUCCCAACCUAACUUGUAUCAUAAAAUCUUUGUACAUUAUGACUUUUCGCAGUAGCUUACUCCGCUAGGCAUCUGGGGUUCUAUGUAUAUAUAUUUACACACACCGUAAUAUUGUAUGAAAUGUGAUGUUAGUCCCAGAUUCUUUUUCUCUACUAAAUGUGAGAUUUCAUGUAUUUUUUCAUAACGCCUGUACAUUUACCAAUUCCAUGUACAUUUCGUUCGUUGUACAUAGUUUUCGAUUAUCCUUUUCAGAAAAUAAUAAACCUGUUAUUUCUUUAGUACUUCACAAACUUCAUUCCGUUUUUAAAAUUUAUCAUCCUCAUAAAAAAGUUGAAACAACUGACAAACAACCAGCUUCACAUCCUACACAUAAUCUGAGUAUAUUCAGUUUAUUACUAACCAAUAUGUGGGAAUAAAAGCAACUUAUAAAUC